CCGCUCGGAGCUCCGCCCACUCAGCCGAGGCCUCACCGCCGCUGCAGGGGUCCUCCGCGCCACGUGGGGGCGCUGUGAGCGCCACCGCCUCCCGGCGGCCCCGCGCGCCUCCCGGCGUCCUCUGCUCUCCCUCUUUCCGCGGCCGCCGCCGACAUGGGACGCGUCCGGACGAAGACGGUGAAGAAAGCCGCCCGGGUGAUCAUCGAGAAGUACUACACCCGCCUGGGGAACGACUUCCACACCAACAAGCGGGUGUGCGAGGAGAUCGCCAUCAUCCCCAGCAAGAAGCUGCGCAACAAGAUCGCGGGGUAUGUCACCCACCUGAUGAAGCGUAUUCAGAGAGGACCUGUGCGAGGCAUCUCCAUCAAACUGCAGGAGGAGGAGAGGGAGAGGAGGGACAACUACGUCCCCGAGGUCUCUGCCCUUGACCAGGAGAUCAUCGAAGUGGACCCAGACACCAAGGAAAUGCUGAAGCUCCUGGACUUCGGCAGCCUGUCCAACCUGCAGGUGACACAACCCACGGUGGGGAUGAACUUCAAAACGCCGCGAGGAGCUCUCUGAGCCACUCUGUAUGUUGCUUUUCCAAUAAACGUGGGGAACCCAU